AUGGAUCCGAUUCAAGAAGCGAUUCAAGAAAUCGAAUCGUGCGAACCAGGAGAACAUUUCUCGUACCAACAACUCGCCAAGAAGUAUGGCGUCAACCGCUGUACGCUCGCCCGAAGGCACAAGGGUCUAACAGAGGCAUAUGGCGUAAAGCACCUCUCCCUCCAUCCACAACACGAAACCGAGCUUGUACGAUACAUCGAUACGCUUACCGAACGACGUUUGCCACCUACAAGGGAGAUGAUACAACGCUUUGCUUCAGAUUUGGCUGGUAAAGCGGUUUCGGAAACCUGGGUUUCCCGGUUCCUCCAACGUCAUCCGAACCAUCUCAUCUCUGGCUACAGCAAGGGGAUGAGCAAACUUCGUUGCAAUGCCGAUUCAGGAGCCAAGUACAGCUUGUAUUUCAAGCUUCUGGUUGAAAAGGUGGAGGAGUACAAUGUCCAACCCUCCCAUAUAUUCAAUAUGGACGAAAAGGGGUUUCAACUUGGAAGAAUUGGCAGAACAAAGCGUAUCUUCUCUAAGGCACGUUGGGAUAAAAAGGGGAUCAAGGUUUUCAAACCUCCCCUCAUCAAGAGGUCUUUUGAAGCAACUAGUAUACACCCACCUAACCCAGCGGUUGUACUCAACAAGUUUGCCAAGGAGGGGUCAGAUUCAGAAGCUAGUUCAACCUCUGUACUCUCCGGGGAGGAUUGGCUUAAGCUAAAGUCAAUUGUACGUCGUGAGGUGAGAGAUUUAAGCAGCAAGGGCGUUAAGAAGCUUCAACGAAGUUUACACCACCUUGCAGCUCAAAAUACACUCCUCCACCGCGAACUCAAAGGCCUCAGGGAGUCCCUAGCCAUCAAGAAGAGGCGGGAAACCAAGUCCUAUACCCUACAGCUUGAGGAUCAUCCUGAGUAUCAUGGUGGAGCUGUUUGGUGGUCACCAACAAGCGUCAAACGAGCUCGCGAUCACAAGAUACAACAACAACAACAACAAGCUGAGCUUGAAAAGCUUCAAAAAGCCAAGCAAGCCGAGAUCAAGAAAGCAGCUCGCGAUUGUGAGGCUCAACUCAAAGCCGCGAAGCGUGUAGAGCGUGAGAAACGGGCGGAUGAGAAGAGGGAGGAGGAGGCUGAAAAGAUAGCCAAGAAACAACACCAACAGCUCAUCAACAACACCAAGAAGCUUAUAGAACUUUCCCAAAAGGGUAAGCGCAAGGCUUCACAACCUCAUACGCCAGCUGCAAAGCGUCAAAAGCGUGGUGGUGUUGCUCUAGCUGUAGUGGGAGCCGCAAGGGUUCCACAAGCUGCUCCACCGCGUAGUCGACGGCAACGACCGAUAACGCCCUCCAAAAGAUUAUCUGAAUAA